UAGAGAGGGGAAAUGGGUACGUGGGUUUCGAUCGGGUUGUGCGCUUGAGCUGGGGUUUUUAGGGUAUGGGAAGGAUGGAGAUGGUGGCGAGAGGAGGGAGGAAGGAGGUGAAUCCCCUUCUCCUCAAGCUAGGCGUCGCCCUCGCGCUCUCCUUCGCCGGGUUCGUCGUCUCCCAGCUACGCUCGCGGCCGCGGCGUCGCCCCCAGAUCGGUUCUUCUUCUGCAGCAGGUGAGGAGAUGGAGAGCGGCGGAAGGCCCACUAAUGGCGGUGGUCUCAAAGAAGAGCUCGGUGUCCUUAAGAAUGAAGAAGCUAUGGCGAAGAUCAUUAAUGGCACCUCCACUACCACUACCACCACGACAACCACCACCACCAUUCUAUUGGGUUUAUCUCCAACUAGUAAGAGUUCUGGCGAUGAAGAGGGAUUCCUCUUACCAGAAUUCAAUGAUCUGGUAAUGAAAGAGUUUGAGGCAACGGGAAAAGACUCGGAAACUACUACACCUACUCCAAAGAAAUUGGAACUCAAAGAGGAAACCCUUAUGGAGCAAGAGAUUGCGCAACUUAGAAACUUGGUUUGGUCGUUGCAGGAAAGAGAGAGAAGUCUCGAGAACCAACUACUUGAAUACUAUGGCAUGCAAGAGCAAGAGGCUGCAGUGAGAGAGCUUGAGAGCCAGUUAAAGAUUAAUACUGUAGAGGCUAAGUUAUACUCUUUGAAGAUCGAGUCAUUACAGUCUGAGAAUAAGAGACUUAAAGCUCAGGUUUCGGAUUAUUCAAGAGCCAUGGAUGAGCUGGAGGCUGCGAGAACUAAAAUUAAGCUUCUCAAGAAGAGGUUGAUGGCAGAGGGAGAGCAAGCGAAGGAGAAAAUAGCUUUGCUUCAUCAGAGGAUCAGCAUGUUGCAAUAUAGGGAGCAACAUGUUGGGAGAGAUGAAAUAGACGCUGAGGAGAAGUUGAAGGGUUUGAAGAAGAUGGAAGAGCUUGAAGUGAUGAAUAUGAGGCUGGAAGAGGAGAAUGUGGAGUUGAUGAGAAAGUUGGAGUCGGUGCAGAUGCAUGCCUCUUCUUCUUCUCAUGGGGGGCGAGAGGAUGAAGCAUUAGAGGAGCUUGACCAAUUGAGACAAGCGAAUGAGAAGUUGACAAAAGAUAUCGAGCAACUCCGAUUGGAUAGGUGUGCUGAUGUUGAGGAGCUGGUCUAUCUCAAAUGGGUUAACGCUUGCCUCCGCUACGAACUAAGGAACUACCAACCUCCCCCUGGAAAGACAGCUGCCAGAGAUCUAAGCAAGACCUUAAGCCCUAGAUCAGAAGAGAAGGCUAAACAGCUUAUACUUGAAUAUGCUAAUCCUGGUGCUGAGGAUAAAAGCUCAAGUCUCAUAGAAUUCGAUUCGGAAUAUUCAUCUUCGCAAGCAUCCACAGGAGAAUCUGAUGAUACUUUGACCGAUCUCUCCUCCACUACAAAACAUAGCCAUUCAAGCAAAUCGAAGCUUUUCAGAAAGCUCAAGAAGCUUAUUCUGGGGAAAGAGACCCAUACACAUAAUUCGAAGGUUUCAUUGGUUGAUCGAUCUCCAUCGAGCUGCAGCAAUUCCGAGAAGAGGAUAUCUAUUUCUAGCUGUUCUAUCGACGAGGUUGGCGGAAGAGAUAGCUUCUGUUCGUCCAUGACUGAGGAAUCAGCAUCGCAGAAUAACGCGAGGCAUUCUUUAGAUAUCCAAAGAAUUAGGGGAACUACUGUGGGUGAAGUUGGAAAACCCUAUACAUACACUAACAUGGUCUCUAGAGAGGGAAGCUCAAAUGGUUUCGGCCAUAAUAAUCGGCUUGAUAGUGAUGAAAUCGAGAGAACUGAGCGGGUUGAACUGAAAAAGUUUGCUGAUGCUUUGAAGAGGUCAAGAGCGCCUCCAAAGUUAAACAGGAGAUCGGCAUCAUUUAGUGGUUGCUGAUUUUUCGUUUUAUAGUAGAAACAUUUGUUCCACCUUGUUAGUACACCCCAUCACACUGGCUGUUUAUUUUCUUGCCGGUAUUUGAUGGCACACAGAAAUUAUAGAUGCAAACAAUCUACUAAUACAGUAGAUGUUGAAUAGUGUCAUAUUAAGACUAUAAAUUUUGUAAAGGCUCUGUAAAUUAUUAAUGAAGAAUAUGAUAUGAGCUUGGUAUGAA